AUGACGUCACGUGGGACAGGGAGUAAUUUGGCUCCGCCCACCGUGUUUUUGGUUUCGCAUUUCCUUCCACUAAUAAAAACGCCGUGAAAAGGACACCUCAAAGUUGAAGAAAACCCUCAAAAUGCAUUAAAAUAGGCUAUUUUGGGCCUUGAAGCCCUCAUUUCUCGACAAGUUUGCAGGUUGAACUUUUCAGAAUUCUGGUACAUUAAGAAGGGUUCUGAGUUAUUUUUUUUUUUGAAUUAUUACCGCGUGAGUCAAUCGCGAAAGCUUUUUGGGAUUCAGGCCAAGUUAAGAAGGUUGCCAUCAAAUUGAAGAAGCUCAGAACCUCCUAUUUGAGGCCGCCUUUUUACUCACACAUUCUGGCCAACCGGAAAUGGUCUCUCCUCGACGUUGCCGUACUACCCAGUUUCGACGUUGGAUCCGACCAUCGACUCGUUCGCGCCAAGGUCCGUCUGAACCAGAAGUUCCUGAAGAAAGACUACCACCAGCCAUCGAGACCGAGAAGACCAACCUACGACAUCACCACGUUGGAGGAGAAGAUCUCGGAGCACGACUGGCAGCUUCUCGACGACCCGACAGCCGACUACGAAUCCCUCUGCGAUGGCCUCAUCAGAUGUGCAGAACCUGCAGCUCGACCAACCUCGUCUCUACCGCCGCGACUCGACCAACGAGCGAAAGAUCUGCUGCGAAGAAGAGGAGAAGUCAAACGAGACCCGCAGGCCACGCACCUAGAACGUCUGACGAUCGACAAAGCCUGCAGAAUGGCCGUGCAAGAGUCUCUAGCCAACCGACGCAGGAGUGCACUUCUUCAGACAGCUGAGAAACGUCAAAGCCUCAAGAAGAAGAAGUUCGAGCUCGUCGACGAGCGAACGGUGAUGACAGCACUGAAGGACGAGAACGGCCAGCUGAAGACGUCAAGGAACGAGAUGGAGCGCCUGACGGUCGACUUCUACACGGAACUCUUUCGAAGCGACGUUCCCGUCCCCAGAACACCAACGCCGCCACCAGAAGAUGAACCCCCGAUCCUUCCCGAAGAAGUCAAGUACGCCAUCAGGAAGCUGAAGGUCGGAACGGCCGCAGGACCCGACAACAUCUCAUCCGAACUGCUGAAGGCUGGAGGAGACUCGCUGUACCGACUACUUGCCCGGCACUUCUCCAAGUACCUGAGCGAAGCCUCUAUUCCUGAACAAUGGAAAAACAUCCAAGACGAUCCUCAUUCCGAAGAAGGGCGACCUCACCGACCUGAACAACUUCAGACCGAUCUCCCUCUUAUCGGUCGUCUACAAGUUGUUCACCAAGGUCAUCGUCAACAGACUAGAGAAGCAACUCGACAACUUCCAACCGCCCUCGCAGGCUGGCUUCCGACGCAACUACUCUUGCCUCGACCACAUCCACGCCUUAACACAGGUGGUGGAACGGCACCGGGAGCACCAGAUGCCACUUGCGUUGGCCUUCGUCGACUACUACAAGGCCUUCGACAGCGUGGAGAUCAACGCCGUCUUGAAUGCUCUUGCCUCCGCCGGAGUCGCCACGAAGUACGUCGAGCUGAUCGCCAACAGCAACGAGGGAACGUCCACGACCAUCCAGCUGUUCGACAAGAAGCUUUCGAUCCCCAUCAGGAAAGGUGUUCGCCAGGGAGAUACCAUCUCCCCCAAGUUGUUCUCCACGGCACUAGAAGACGCGAUGCGCCAACUUGGAUGGGACGAAGAGCACGACUGGGAAGACAGUACAGACAUCAGAGGCAUCAACAUCGACGGCAAGGUCCUCACAAACCUCCGCUUCGCCGACGACAUCGUACUCUUCUCAAGCUCCACCACCGAACUGUCCUCCAUGCUGAACGAUCUGGACGAAGUCGGCAAGAAGAUCGGCCUUAAGAUGAACGUCAAGAAGACGCAGUGGAUGAAGAACCGCUUCUGCGACCAAGGCAAAGUCACCCUUGAGGGCCGCGACCUUCAGGAGGUCACAUCCUACAUCUACCUUGGCCGGGAAGUAAACAUGGUGAACGACCUGCAAGCAGAGAUCGGCAGACGCAAACGCGCUGGAUGGGCCGCCUUCAACUCCAUCAAAGAAGUCACCAGUCAGCUGAAAGACCCGAAACUGCGAGCUCACAUCUUCGAAGCGUCGAUAAUCCCUGCCAUCUCCUACGGUACCGAAGUUUGGCCUGACACGAAGAAAAAAAUGCAACCGCCCUACGAACUUCCUACCGCGCACUGGAACGUGCUCUCAUCGGCACCACUCGCUUCGAGCAGUGGAAAAAAGAACAGAGGAGCACAGACCUCCGUCAACUAUCCCAAAUCCGGGAUCUAGAAGAGCACAUACAACGCGGGAAACAUCGCUGGGGCGGCCACGUCAUCCGCAGACAAGACGACCGCUGGUCCACGAGAUUAACACACUGGAUUCCGAGAAACAUCAAGCGCCCACUCGGGCGCCCACCGACCAGUUGGACGGACUACUUCCGCAAGAACAUCAGUCAGCCAGGCCGCCACUGGAUGACCGUCGCGCAAGACCGAGCCGCCUGGAGAACGUGUGGUCCACGCUGA